AUGAGGACGAUGUCACUCGCCCUCCUGGUGGCGGCGCUCACACAUGCACCGAUCGUCAUAGCGCAAGCGCCCGCGGUCACCCCGUCGACAACCUUGCCCGCGCCUGUCGCUCCGUCGCCAUCGCCGGCCACGCCGUCAACGAGCGCGACCCCCUCGCCUUCGCCGGCGACGGUGGCGCCCUCGUUCAUCUUCCUCGCCAUGCCUACGGCCACGGCGUGUGAGAACGUCAAUGUCAUGUGGUCGUACACCGGCCAGAACUCAGACAAGUUUGGAGUCGACAUCUACGCGUUCAACGUCGGCGUCAACCAGAGCGUCCCGCCCCCAUCGACGUCGACAACGCUGUCGGUGCCCGCACAGCAGACCCCUGCCUCAUCGCCGUCGCCGACCCCGGCUACCACGCCGGCGGCCCAGCCCACGACGGCAGCCGCCCAGCCGACGACCCAGGCCCCAGCUCCGGCUCCUACGACCACGGGUAUCAUCGCCGCUGGAGGCGGAGGCGGCGCACCUGUGGCCGGCCCUCCUCAGCAGAACUCGGCCCCCCCAGCAAGGCGUGAGUUCUCGUACCCGCCCUUGCUCGUGGCCCGUGACAUCUUUGCUCGCGCCGACAUCAACGCGACCGUCACCCAGGGCUGGCAGGCAAACGUCUUAAACACGUGGAAAGUCAAUGUUCCUCCCGGACGCUACAGACUGUUCGCCAUUGUUAACGACACCUGGCACACAAAUGCCAUCAGUCCCGACGCGUUCACCGUGCUCCAGGGCACCGACUCGUCGUGCAUCCAGGUGGCUUCUCAGAACCCCAUCGUUUCACAGCCUCCUACUUCGUCGGCCACCUCUGCGGGCACGACCAAGCCCUCGGGCAGCGGCACCGCUGUUGGCUCAAACGAAGGCAACAAGUCGAAGGGCAUUGGCGGUGGCGCUAUUGCCGGUAUCAUUAUUGGCGUUCUUGCCGGCCUCGCGCUUCUUGGCCUGCUCCUCUUCUGCUGCAUGCGCCGCCGCCGCAAUGGCUCUGACCGCGCUCGUGGCGGCCUCGGCGACGGCGGACCAGGCGUCAACGGCAAGCAGGUUGGCGAGCCCACCGCCUUCCGCCACCUCAAGCGCCCCAGCUCGUUUGGCCACAUCGGUACCAGCCUUGGAUCUCUUGGCAGAUCGCGUGACCAGCAGCACAACACCUUGCCCUCGGACGACAUGAGCCAUGAAAAGGGUGUCAGCAAUCUGGGUAUCAGCAACCUUACCCCGCUCCCGUACCGUGACGCGUCGCUGGCGCAGAACGGCCACCUGGUUCCUCCCGAGCAGCAGCGCCGCGCCAGUAACUACAGCACGGCGACGAGUAACGACAACCCCUUCGAGACGGCUCCUAGCACGCCCAUUGAUGAGAAGACGAGCUUUGCCGCGCCGAUCGGCCUGGCUGCUGCCGUUGCCGCUGCUGGUGGUGCCGGAGCUGCUGUCGCUCACCACCAGCGCACCUCGGACCGCAACGGAACCGAUUCGCAGACGAGCUCGACGUCCCCAAGCAGUGGGGACGGCGCGAGCAGCGCUGCGCUGGUCGGCACGCCAAACGACCCUCGCCGUCUGAGCAACCCUGCGCCCGGUGGCCUCGCACCACCCCCUGUCAAUCUGACACCAGCCUAUGGAACGCCCAACCCCGCGUCGGGCCGAUCAACGCCGCCAUCCCCACCUCUGACCAACACUGCGCCCGGUAGCCCCAAGCCCCCUAGCAGCUUCAACUCGCAGGGUAUCAGCGGCUCGCCACGCCCACCGGCUGCGGACCGCAAGGCAAGCUUGCGCCGUAAGCCUGUCCCCCGCCUGGCCGCCGACGACGAGGCUGCACGCAGCGAUGGCCACGGUAGCGGCAGUGGCAGCGGACACGACCACGCGGGCAGCAGCGAGUGGGGCCACACGUCUGCGCCUGUGGAGAUUGGCAGAUUGCCCGAGCUGCGUAUCGGUGGCGGUCCUGCCGGCGACGAGUUUGGCCUCAGCGCGGCGUUAGGCCUGGGCGACCGACCCAGCAGCAGCGGCAACGGCCAUGGUGACAAGAAGGGAUUCCAACUCAUACCCGACCAGCCCCUCCGCCAGGACUAG